AUGGCCCCAAAGAAGACAGUAUCACACGAAGAGAAACUUGAGCUAUUACGUAGCUGGUUUCAAUCAACCCAUGACUUUUACACUUUGAAGGAAAUUGAACAAAAAGCUAGCAAAGAGUGCAAGAUUCCUGGAAUGCAAGUCAAAGAGUUGGUGUCCAAUUUGGUAGAUGAAGGGAUGAUACAACAAGAAAAGAGUGGAACAACUAACUUGUACUGGUCUUUUCCGUACACAAACACGAAGAACAGAAUCAACAAGGUGAAGCACUUGGAGCACAACUUGGAAACGAAAAGAAAGCUUCGUGAACAAUUGCAACGAGAAUUGGAAAUAAUACGUAUUGAAAGAAGUGCUGAUGUGUGCCCUGAAAGGGAAAAUCAAUUAAGAGAUCUAGAAAUUUUGCGUGUUGAGAUUUAUCAAUUAACGGAGCAAAAUAAGCAACUUCAACAGUAUCAACGAUUGGAAAAAUUGAAAGAGGGCAUCGAGUUCUUGUCCGAUCUGAUUGAAACAAUGCUUACAUGGUUAUCUGAACAGUCUGGUCUUCAAAAGUCAGAAUUGAAAAAAGAGAUGGGCAUACCUUUAGAUUUGGAUGAGUAUGCAUUAAAGCCGGUUUGA